AUGAGUGCCACAUCUCUCCAACCACAACAGACUCAACAAACUCAGCAAAGGCCGGGUUUUCGCAAAAUCAUGACUUGGAGUAGCCGAAGAAGUAAUAAUAAAAAGCAUCCUCAUUUGUUUUAUGAUAGUGCUCCAGAAGGUGGAGAAGACCAGCAAAAUAUACCUGCUCCAGCUAGUCCUACUCCAAGUGUUAAGAGUCUUAAAUCAGGGCGGCCGUCUCUUUUCGCCACUUUUGCUCGUAGAAAUUCAACUAAAAGUGAACAUUCUUCGAGGAGUCGUUCACCAAACAGUCGUUCACCAACCAGUCCUAGACCUUCUAAUGAUUCUUGUAACUUAACUGAAAACUUAAUGGAAGAUUUUCGCACACCUAGUCCUACACCAUCACGAAAUUCAAUGAUUUUUGAGCGAGACAUUGAAAAUCACGAUCGUCUCAGCGUUCACGAAGCUAUAGACCUGGCUAUUCCUCCUGCUUUAAACAACGUAGCCGAAGCCUUUGUCAACGAAGAAAUACCUAUUAUCACAGAAGAAGGAACUGAAUCUAUAAUUAAGAAUAAAAAUGAAUCUGAUAGUCUUUGGAUUAAUACAAUGGGAGAAGUUGAAGGACGGAAACGAUUGUCAUUAAUAAAUUAUGCAGACAUUGCUAAUCGAUCACCAAGUCCUGGACCGUUUGAUCAAAAGAACACAAUUGCAGAAACUUUGCGAGUGACGACACCAAGGGAAAUGAACGGGUUGACG